CGGACUAACAACUCAUGGGGCCCCCGGGCAAUAGGGGAUCAUGGGGCCCCUGUGUCCAUUCCCACACUCAAACCACACCUAAAAAAGCCUAUGAAAGGUACCAGGGGCAUCUCAUGGGGUCCCCUACUGACCCCGGCCCUCGGGCAGUGCCCGAGUGUUCGAAUGGUCAGUCCGCCCCUGACAGGCACAUAUCAGUAAUAUGAAAUGUUUGUUUUGCAUACCCUUAAAACCCUAAAACAAAAAUGCACCAUAACAAUCCCACAAUGUGGUGGCUGCAUUCAUUUUAUUUUU